AUGGUGCAUCUUUCUUUCCUGUUAUGCAUCGGGGAGCUGGUUUCAGCUCAAAUACGAUACUCUAUUCCAGAGGAGAGGAAAGAGGGAUCUGUCGUUGGACAUAUAGCAAAGGAUCUGGGUUUAGACAUCCGUGCUUUGGUGGAGAGGAAACUGCGUAUCGUUUCUGGUACUAAGGACUCCCUAUUCCAGGUAAAUCAGAACAAUGGCGACUUGUAUGUCAACACGAAUAUUGAUAGAGAAGACAUCUGCGAUGGCUCCGGUGUUUGUUUGAUAAAUCUCAAAAUUGUCGUUGAAAACCCUUUAGAGAUACAUUAUGUUGCAGUUGAAAUCACGGAUGUAAACGACCAUUCUCCCAGCUUCCCCGAGAAGGAGAAACGACUCGAGAUAGCUGAGAACAGACUGCCAGGAGCUCGGUUUCAGCUGCAAGCAGCACGCGACCCAGACAUCGGAAUAAAUACGGUGCAGUCAUAUAAAUUAAGUCAAAACGAGCAUUUUGAGCUACAAGUUCGAGAGAGGGGAAAAGAUAAAUUUCCAUAUUUAGUUUUACUAAAACACCUCGACAGAGAAACUAAAGCCGAACACAGUCUGUCUUUAACGGCGUAUGAUGGGGGGACUCCCCCUAGAUCAGGGAUUCUAAAUGUAACAAUAACUGUUCUUGACACAAAUGACAAUCCACCCGUAUGCAGUCAAGAACUUUAUACAGUCACCAUACCAGAGAAUGUGGAAUUGGGAACAGUUAUAUUAAGAGUUCAGGCGACAGAUAAUGACGAGGGCGCAAAUGGCGCACUAGAGUAUGCGAUGGGCACAGAUCUCGAUCCAAAUUUGUACGAUAUAUUUGAUUUAGACAGCAUUACCGGUGAGAUAAGAGUAAAAGGUGCAAUUGAUUUUGAAAUUACUGACCUGUAUAAACUAGAUAUUCAGGCCAUUGACAAUGGCCAGCCGCCUUUGAAUGUCGAAUGUGGAGUUAUCAUUAAAAUAUUAGAUGUUAACGAUAAUACACCUGAAAUCGAAGUAACAUCUCUUUUCACCGAAGUAUCUGAAGAUGCAAAACUUGGUACAGUUAUUUCACUUAUUAGCAUAAUAGAUAAAGACUCGGGCAUUAACGGUAAAGUGUUAUGUAGUCUGUCUGGUGAUGUGCCAUUUGAGCUGAAACCAUCGAUUCAAGAUAAUAUGUUUUCCCUUGUUACGAAACAGAAGCUUGAUAGAGAGCUUGUGUUUUAUUAUGACAUCACAAUAACAGCGUUCGACUUUGGCCAGCCACCACUUUCAACAUUCAAAACGUUGAGCAUCCAGAUAUCGGACGUGAAUGACAACAGCCCAGAGUUUCCCCAGAAUCCACUUGAGCUUUACAUGUUUGAAAACAACGUUCCAGGUGCGUUUAUCUUCUCCGUCAGUGCGACUGACAAAGACUUAAAUGAAAAUGCGGCUAUUUCUUAUCAGAUUUCUCGCGGGGCUCAUAGCGAAAUGGCAUCAUUUCUCAAUAUCAACUCAGAAAAUGGGAAAAUCAGUGCGCUUAAAAGUUUUGACUUUGAAACUGUAAAAGCUUUCCAAUUCGACGUAAUAGCAAAGGACUCUGGGAUCCCACCUUUAAGUAGUAAUGUAACUGUAAAAGUAUUCAUUCUGGAUCAGAAUGAUAACUCUCCCGUCAUCUUAUCUCCAGUAAGCGCAAACGGCUCAGCUGAGGGCAUUGAGGAGAUUCCGCGCAAUGUCAACCCAGGGUAUUUGGUCACUAAAGUGAGGGCGUACGACGCAGAUAUUGGGUACAACGGGUGGCUGCUGUUUUCUAUACACGAAGUUGCUGAUCAUACUCUCUUUGGGUUGGACCGUUACACUGGACAGAUAAGAAUGCUUCGGUCAUUUGCCGAAACUGACGAAGCUCAGAACAAACUGAUUUUAGUUGUCAAAGACAAUGGCAACGUUUCAUUAUCAGCCACAGCAACUGUGAUCAUCAAAGCAGUGGAACCCAUGGAGGCAUUCGCAGCCUCGGAUGUUCAAAGUGAUCAGAACGCAGAGGACGACAGUAGCGUUGCUUUUUACCUGAUGAUAACUUUGGGAGCGGUUUCCGUACUUUUUGUGGUUAGCAUCGCCGUUUUGAUUGCCAUGCAAUGUUCCAAAACAUCAGAUUAUUCAUCAAAGUAUUUACAAGACACGAACUAUGAUGGAACUCUGUGCCACAGCAUCCAGUACAGAUCUGGUGAUAAAAGAUACAUGCUGGUUGGGCCCAGAAUGAGUAUCGGCUCCACUAUAGUUCCUGGCAGCAAUGGGAAUACUCUGGUUGUACCUGAUCGCAGGAGUAGAGCAUCUGGAGAGGUAAGCGAAAACAUUUAUGUGAUGUACAUUUAA